GUUUAAGAAUUAAAACUGAGCAAAGCGCACGCGUGGCGCCACCGGCGGCGAUUAGUCGAGACCCGACGGUUGAGCUGAGCGGACGUGCGCGUGCGACUUGCAGUGUGUGAAAGUACUUUCUAGUGGUUUUAUUUACCUGCCCUAAACUUAGACGCUGAACACCACACGUGGCGACGAGAUUUCAUGACGCCCCAAAAAAUGUCCAGCCUUCCACCAGUUGAACCACUGCAAUGUGACGGCGAUCCCAUGUCACUGGGACUCCGCUGGGAGAAGUGGAGACGGGCUCUAGAAAUAUAUCUUCUUGCGUCAGAAAUUAAAAACCCAGUUAUAAAAAGAGCCACUCUUCUGCAUAUGGGUGGCACAGCCUUGCAAGAGGUGUACUAUAAUAUCCCUGGAGCGCACAUUGAGGGUGCAGAUGUAACAGACUCAACAGAUGUUUACAAGGUAGCAAUAGAUAAACUAAACGAGUACUUUUUGCCUAAACAAAGCAAGGUUUAUGAAAGGCAUAUAUUUAGACUACUUAAACAAGAAACUGAUGAGAGAUUUGAAAAAUUUCUUGUAAGGCUGCGUCAGCAGAGCAAAAAGUGCAAAUUUGCUAAUGGGGAAGACGACAACAUAAUCGAUCAAGUGGUCGAAAAAUGCAAUUCAAUGGAACUCAAGAAAAAAAUCCUUACCUUAGGUGAUGACGUUACACUGGACAAAGUCAUAGCGGAAGCGAAUGCUAUAGAGUCGGUACAAAGGCAGCUCUCGGAUUACGGCAACGGUAGUGCACCGCGUCCCAUUGCGAAUAUAAAUAAAAUUGACACUAAGCGUGAAUUUGACCAAAAUAAAGGUUGCUCACGUUGUGGAAGUGAGAAGCAUAAUGGUGACAGUCCAACAUGUCCCGCUAAAGAUAAAAAAUGCUCAAAAUGCGGGUAUAUUGGACAUUUCAUGGCUAAGUGUCGAACGCGGGCUAGUAAACGUAGGUCGACGCACGCAAAUGGAGGAAAAAUGCCUAUUAAAAAGAUAAAACAUGACAAUAGUGCCAAAAAACCCGAAAAUUCUAACGACGAUCAGAAAAAGGCAUCAUCCAACGUCAAUUACAUAUUUUACUUUGAUGGGGAUGGUAAAAUUAGAUGCGGCAUAGGCGGUGUCGACAACGUUGAACUUUUAAUAGACUCUGGAAGUAAUCACAACAUAUUAACUGAUAAAACAUGGGCCUAUCUUAAAAGUUGCAAUGUACAGGCUACAAAACAAAAUGCAAAACCAGACAAAACAUUUAUGGCGUACGGUAGCUCGGUACCCUUGACAGUUCUAGGCUCUUUCCAAGCUGUGAUUAAAAUCGGAGCAGAACAGAAAAACAGCACCUUCUACGUUAUCCAAGGCGGGACACGAGACUUACUCGGUAAAGAAACGGCUACAGAUCUUAAAGUCCUCAAAUUAGGUUUGGACAUCAAUGCGGAAAUUUAGAGACAAGUUACCAUCUAUAGUUCGAGAGAGGAGUGGAGUUGAUGAGGAAGUAAGGGAUAAAGACAUUAUAAUGAAAGAAAAAGGAAAAUCGUAUGAAGACAGAAGAAGGAAAGCUACAGAAUAUGGAAUAGA